UCUAAGUGGUGAGGAGUGGGACGUUGUCGUGCACCUGACGCCACAAUGGACGACUAUCCGAUGUAUGGGUUGCUGGUUGGGUUCUCUCUCUGGGGGACCCUCUGGCGUCUCCUCUUUCCUCUGGGUUUUUGGCCCACUUUCACGUGUAGAGUAUGGCCCACUCGUGGUGGUACUUCCACCAACCCUUACAUGAAGGAGGAGGAGGAGAAGAUGGCCGCCAUUCUGCAGGAGAGGAAGGAGAAGAAAGAGGCCAAGAAGAAAGCCUUGAAGGAGGAGCAGGCGGCCAAAUUGAAGAAGAUAGARGAAGAGAUGGCYAAAGAGAAGGAGAGGAUACAGAAAGAGGAGGAAGCAAAGUUGAAGGAGGUGGAAGAAGAAGAGGAGGAAGAUGAUCAGCCACUGGAGACGAGAAGAGAACAGCGAGGGCAGUACAGUGGCAGCAAAGAUGAUGAGAUGGAGAAGCGGAUCUCAGAGUGGGUCGCAAACUUGUCCCUGGGAGAAGAAGAAGAGGUAGCCAUGUAUAUCCCCAAGGACGAGCAGGAGGCCGCUAUGAAGGAGUGGGAAGUAGAAAGGGAUGUUGUGAGGCGGCAGGCAAUGGAGGAUGAAACGAGGAUGGAGUGGAAGCUGAGAGUGAUGAGGGAAAAGAAGAAGAAAGUGGACGCGGCGAUUGACGCGGUCAAAGACCUAGGGGAGAUGCAGCAACUAACCCUGAGGUUGACCCCUCAGGUGGACCUUGAGAAAAAGGUAGAACUCAUCGCCCAGACUGUCGAGCGCUUAGCCCGGAUACAAGAACAACAGUACGAUUUUAGUCGAAGUCAGGACAUGGCUGUGCGCUCCAUACGAAUGGGGUUUUGGGACUUUGCUCGCGAAUUGGUAGGCGCGAUAGGAUCCGAGGUGAAUCAUCCCCUCGAGAAGACUGAACGAUUUUGCGUUGGCGCCAUUGAGGGCGUCAAGGCGGCAACUCCCAAGGAGGAGGAACCACGCCCGCCGCGUAGAGAGCCAGUCAAGGUCAAAUUCCCUAAUUCUUACAGUGGGAAGAGGGAAGAGAACUUUGAUAACUGGGAGGCCAACGUUAAGACCUACGUGCAUUUGCAACAGGUCUCCCCGGAUCAGCAAGUUCUAAUUGCGAUCCACACACUUAGAGAUGAGGCCGCCAGUUUCGCAAGAUCCCUUGUUCGCGCUGCCAACUGCAGUGACGAUCCCGUUGCCUAUUCGACGUUUACUUCCCUCACUGAGUUCAUGAGAUUGCCGCGCGAGCGAUUUGCAGAUGUCGCUCGAAGUGUCAAGGCAUCAGAUAGGCUCCAGACAAUCCACGCUCGUAAGUGGAAGAGUGCCAAGGCACUCAAGAGCACGAUGGAUGAAUUAAUCGUUGUUCCUGACCAUGGGGUCACAGACACCCAACUGGUCGGCCUCUUCUAUCGGGCUAUCCCCGAAGCCUUGCGAGGGCACKUCUUCGCGAAGAGCGAAGAUCCGGCCACUACGURYGAUUCUCUUAGUCGUGAAGUGGUGGCCUUUGAAGCCAAGUCAGCAUCUGUGUCUACCUUCUGGCACAAAGACUUGGAUAAGGGAAAGCAAUGGAAGGGCCGCACUACCUCUGGGCAAGUGAAGACUAAGGAUAGCCUUGUCCUAACUCUAGACGAGGGUAGUGUGGAUGAGAUCCCCUACGAUCAGAUUGAGUGGGGGUUAGAGGAGGAUGACAGCGGUGUGGGCCAGGGGAAGACUUAUGAUGCUGUCGCGGCUGGAGGGAGGCCGCAAGGAGGACGAGGCCAGGGCCAAGGGGGUCGGGCCUCAGGGAACCGGUUUCAAGGCGAUCAGGGGGUUGGCGGCCGAGGAGGAAACCGCCAAGCGGGAGGCACGGGUCAAGGUCCCCCGCAAAACCGUCCUAGGAACAGGCCAGUGACUGAGCCUACGAAGGAGAAGCCGAUGGACCCUGCGAUUGCCAAACUGCUGGAGGAGUUUAAAGAUUUAACUGAGUCGCCGGUAGGAGUGGUACCGCGGCCCAUCCAGCACCGCAUUGAGAUAGAGCCCGGCAGCAGAACUCCUAAGGGUGCUGUGUAUAGGAUGUCCCCGCGGGAGUUAGAGGAGCUUCGCAAGCACUUAGACAAGCUCCUCGAGAAGGGUUGGAUUAGGCCCAGUUCGUCUCCGUUUGGAGCGCCUGUUCUCUUUGUCCCUAAGAAAGAGGGAGAGUUGAGGAUGUGCAUAGACUAUAGGGGUCUGAAUGCUAUUACAGUAAAGAAUGCUGAGCCACUGCCUAGGAUAGACGAUCUCUUAGAUCGAGUGCAGGGGGCGAGGACCCUCGAAGAGCAUCAGGGUCAUCUCAAGCAGGUCUUGGAGAAGUUGAGGGAAGCUAACUUCAAGAUCAAUGCAAAGAAGUGCGAUUGGGCGAAAACCCAAGUUUUGUACUUAGGCCACGUCUUAGACGGAGACGGCGUUAAGCCAGAGGAUAGCAAGAUCGCAGCAAUUAGAGAUUGGCCCACGCCACGUACGCUGACGGAGUUGCGCUCGUUCCUGGGCUUAGCUAAUUACUAUAGGAAGUUCGUGAGGAACUUCUCCACCAUCGCUGCGCCCCUUCGCAGACUGUUGAGAAAGGAGACCAUCUGGAAGUGGGACAAGGACUGUACGUUUGCCAUGAAGAAAUUGAAGCAGGCCUUGAUAGAGUAUCCAGUCCUUAAAGUCGUCGAUCCGUCCUUGCCUUUUGUCGUCACAACCGAUGCUAGUCAAUACGGCAUAGGUGCAGUGUUACAGCAAGACGAUGGCAAUGGGUAUAGACCCGUAGAGUUCAUGUCUGCCAGAAUGCCUUCAGAGAAGGUCGCGACAUCUACCUAUGAGAGGGAACUCUACGCUCUCAGGCAAGCCUUAGACCACUGGAAGCACUACUUGCUUGGGAGGCGCUUCAAAGUCUAUUCUGACCAUGAAACGUUACGAUGGUUAAAGACGCAGGCCAAGAUGACACCUAAGCUUACUAGGUGGGCCGCCGAGAUAGAUCAGUACGACUUCGAGCUCAAGCCUGUCAAAGGGAAGGAUGAAGAAUGACUGCGUAGAGUAUGUUCGCAGUUGUAAGGUUUGCCAGCGUAACAAAAGUAGCACGCGAGC